AGAGCACAGAGCAGAACAAAAACAAAACGACGCCACAUCGCGCUCGCAAACGGCAGCAUAGAGAAAAAUAAGACAAUCAGAAAGAAAACGCCACACAUCUGCAGAUUCUUUUUUGACGUCUCUACACACAAUUUUUUCCAGAGUCGCGAGUGCAGAAAAAAAGCAAGAAGAGUGCCAGCCGCAAGGAAAAAGAUUUUUCCCCUUUGCCCAGUGCGUGAAAAGAGAAAAUCUGUACACGUUUUCCGCGUUCUACGUCGUGCCGAUCGUUCCGCUGCUGACUGAUCACAAGUGACGCAUAAAUGCCUCGACCUGUGCGAUUCCUGUUGCUAGCGGCGGCACUGACCGGUUGUUGGUUUGCUUCGAUCGGUCCCGUCACCGCAGCCAAGUCGCACGUCAUCGAACUCGACGAAAGCAACUGGGACCGGAUGCUGAAGGAGGAAUGGCUGGUGGAAUUCUACGCUCCUUGGUGCCCAGCCUGCAAGAGUCUUACCCCUAUCUGGGACGAUCUGUCCACCUGGUCGGACGACCUGAACAUCAAAACUGCCAAAGUCGAUAUAACCACCUCACCCGGUCUAAGCGGUCGAUUCUUUGUCACAGCGCUGCCUACAAUUUUCCACGUCUUGAAUGGUGAAUUCCGCCAGUACAAGGGACCACGAGAUCUCAACUCGCUAAUGACUUUUAUAGAGGAAAAGAAAUGGCAAACUUUGGACCCGGUUUCGGCCUGGAGCAAACCUGACUCGAUCCAGAUGUCAAUAGUUUCGCAGUUUUUCAAGUUGUCACACUUUUUGAAAGUAAGUAAAGAUUAUAUGAAGGAGGUAAAUCUCAUGCUGUCUAAGGAAUACGGUCUACCAACUUGGGGUGCAUACGCACUGUUUGCUAUCGGAACCAUUCUACUUGGAGCGAUUCUAGGAUUGAUACUGGUUUGCGUCAUUGAUUUUAUGUUUCCACCAAAGUCCGCCCAACGGAAAAGUUUCUCCGAGCACAAGAAAAGUUUGAAGCAGGAAUCCGUUCACGAAGAACUAGAAGGAGAUGAACUGGAGGAUGAGGAUGAGCAGACCGGUGUUCAGGAUGAAGAAGGAAUCGAGGAUGAUAAUGACGAAACUUCCGAAGGGGAAAAGAAUUCCGGAUCGGAUUCGGAAGAGGCACCGGAAAGUGAACAGAAAGAAAAUGUUUCGGCUCCAGGUAGCCCGAAAGGCGAUAAGAAAGAUGCAGCUGGUAGUCCAGAUGUUCGAAAACGUAAAUCUCGGAAGGCGGACUAAAUUUACGGGAGUGUCGUAAGCAGGGAGUGAUGAGUAAGAGGCCAAUCUCCAGUUGGAAAGAGAUAAUAUUUGUUUUCAUUUCUAUUUUGAAUGUUGGUUAUGAGAACGAUGGAUGAAAAACUACUACAAGCGCCCAAAAAAGGUCAACGUUAAGAGACUUAUUACACACAGAGAAAAAUGUUUAAAAAGAGGGAAACAAAACCACUUGAAUUACUCGUACAUACUUUAAACGCGAUGAGCGAAGUAGGCAUAAAGCGUAAAUAGCACUAAUUUAUGAAAAAAAAAUAUUUGGAAAUAUGUUUCAUAUUUCAGAAUAUGAAUCGAUGAAACAAACCAUGGACACGACAACAAAAAACAGCGAGCAUUUAACGAAACUCUUCGUCGAAUUCCAUCAUAAAAAAUCUUAUAUAUUUCAUUUUUGCUUAUAUUGAGUGAUACUAACGAAUAAUUCCUUCUCUUGCUUUCCCUAAAAUAUAAGUUCUCGAUUUAAACUACAGUCACGGUCCACAAGCUAACAAAACGUGACCUUUAUUUUAAGACGAUACGUUCUAAUAACUUAUAACACUGAUGCUAAAUAUUCUUGCUGUUUGAUAUUUGCAUUUAUGGUAUCAGUUCUACACAGUUGCCUAUUAUAUGUAUUUCUUAACAACAAUAUAAACAGAAGUCGUUAAAUGUACUACUUCGCUGCGACGUCAACUAAAAAUUACACCAAACACACACAUACACCUACAAUAAGCAUUCACGGUGUCAUUAUGUAAGCGAAAGAAUUCGAAAUAAAGUAAUUUUGCCAAAAA